AUCAUUCCCAAGUCCUAGUCAAGCACUAAACAGCAGUAAAUUGUGAAAAGCAGUCCGCAAAAGGGUCACAGAUUCUGCAGUUUCUUUCUUCAAUCCUUAUGGAGUUGAUAUCUAUCAUCUGUGCAUCAUUUGUUUUCCUCCUUGUGCUAAUCAAGUUUCUGAAAAAACCCACCAAUGACUCAACUUUGAAAUUGCCCCCGGGGCCAAAGCCGCUUCCCAUUAUAGGAAACAUGCAUAAUCUCUUUGGCCCUUUAACACAUCACAUCUUAAGAGAUUUGGCCCAAAAAUAUGGCCCUUUGAUGCAUUUAAGGUUAGGAGAAGUUACCACAUUGGUUGUAACCUCACCUGAACUUGCAGAAGAGUUCAUGAAAACACAUGAUGUGAUUUUUGCCAAUAGGCCUCAGCUUCUGUGUCCCAGGGUUUUCAAUUAUAACUGCACUGACAUUGCAUUCGCCCCUUUCGGCGAAUACUGGAGACAGUUGCGUAAAAUCUGUGUUGUCGAACUUCUGAGUUCGAAGCGUGUUCAGAGUUUUAGGCCAAUUAGAGAAGAGGAAGUCCAUAAAUUUGUCGCAGGUGUUUACACAAAUCAGGGAUCAGUUGUUAAUCUUAGCAAAAUGCUCUGUUCAUAUACAUAUGGCCUAACGGCGAGAGUCGCUUUUGGGAAGAAGAACAAGUAUCAAGAAGAAUUCAUCUCGCUUAUCAUGGAAGCUACUAAGAUGACCUCUGGAUUUGCUAUAGCAGAUGUGUAUCCUUCCGUGAAGUGGAUUCAGGUGAUCAGUGAAAUGAGUCCUAAAAUCAAAAGGAUGCAGAAGCUUCUUGACAAAACUUUUGAUAACAUUUUCGGUGAGCAUAAGGAGAGAAGCAGGCAAGAAACAGUGGAAGGAGAAGCAAAAGAAGAUCUAGUUGAUGUUCUUCUGAGUGUUCAAAAGUCUGGUGAUUUUGGAACCCCUUUGAGCUUAGACAACAUAAAAGCAGUCCUUAUGGACAUUUUCAGUGCUGGAAGUGAGACAUCAUCUACAGCACUCGAAUGGAUUCUGUCAGAAUUGGUUAAGAGCCCGGAGGCGAUGAAAAAGACGCAAGAAGAGGUGAGAACAGCGUUUGAUGCAAGUGGUAAUGUUCAUGAAUCAGGCAUUCAUGAGUUGAAGUACUUACAGUUAGUGAUCAGAGAAACUCUGAGACUGCACCCGCCUGUUCCGAUGUUGAUUCCAAGAGAAAGCAGUGAGCAAUGCAGCAUUAAUGGAUUCGAUAUACCAGAGAAAACCCGAGUAAUCAUUAAUGCUUGGGCGAUUAGCAGGGAUCCUGAGCACUGGACUUACCCGGACAAAUUCAUUCCUGAGAGGUUUUUGGACUCCGCGAUCGACUACCAAGGGAAGGAUUUCAAAUAUAUUCCAUUUGGAGGUGGAAGAAGGAUAUGUCCUGGAAUUUCACUUGGUCUUGCAUCCAUUGAGCUGCUGCUUGCACAGUUGCUCUUCCAUUUUGACUGGAAACUUCCAGGUGGACAGAAGAACGAGGAACUAGACAUGACUGAGGUUUUUGGAUUGUCUGUGAGACGCAAAAAUGGUCUGAACUUGAUUCCAGUUCCAUAUGAUAAUAGUUCUUUAGUUAAGCAAGGUCAGGUUAGUUAGCUUUCUCGUUUCAAUUGAACUGACCUGUAUACGCAUACUUGCAUGAAUUAUAGGAGACUCUGUGUUCAAUCAUUAAACUAUGAC